UUUGCGUUUUUAUUUCUCCCUCACUCAAGCCUUUUACUCUGGGUUUUCUCUUUUCUUUUAGUUCAAGCUGGCGAUCGAAAAUCAAGAAUCUAAAGUGCGUGAAAUCAAGCCCAAGAACUGGAGAAUAAUGGGAGCUGGUGGGCCGGAGGAAGAAGAUAACAGGUGGCCUCCGUGGCUGUCCGCUUUGUUAAGAGAGCAUUUCUUUGUUCAGUGCAAGCUUCAUGCUGAUUCUCCCAAGAGCGAAUGCAAUAUGUACUGCUUAGAUUGCAUGAAUGGCGCUCUCUGUUCUAUCUGCCUCGCUUAUCAUAAGGAUCAUCGUUACAUUCAGAUUAGGAGGUCUUCAUACCAUGAUGUGAUCAGGGUAUCGGAGAUACAGAAAUACCUGGACAUUUCUGGGGUGCAGACUUAUGUUAUAAACAGUGCAAAGGUUGUUUUCAUCAACGAGAGGCCUCAGCCAAGGCCUGGAAAAGGUGUUACCAAUACCUGUGAGGUCUGCGACCGCAGCCUUGUCGACUCCUUCCGAUUCUGCUCUCUCGGUUGCAAGAUUGUUGGGACAUCCAAUAACUUCCAGAAGAAGAAUAAGAGGCAGUUAGCCAUGGCAUCAGACUCUGAGGAUUCAUACAGCAGCAGUAGCCAUGGAAAGGUGAAGAAGAAGAACAAAGAGCAAAGCUUUAGUCCUUCAACACCACCUCCAGCAUCGGUGAAUUACCGGAGUGGGAAACGAAGAAAGGGGAUUCCCCAUCGAGCACCAAUGGGAGGUCUAAUCAUACAAUAUUAACCACUCAAGUUACUUGUACUCUUCUGUAUAUACACUAUAGCAGCAGCAAAUGGUAGAUGUGAAAAAAUAAGCCCCCUUUUAUUUCGUUUAUAGAAUGGGAUUAUACAUAAGCUUUUGGAUCAUAGCAAUGGAGAUGUAAGUAGGGAUGAAAACCGAAAACAGAAUGAGGAGGUUGAAUCAUCAUUUGAUAUUGUAAUCAA